AUGGGCAAAAAGGACAAGGCAAAAUCGAAAACAAAAGGGAAUGCAGCAUCAGAUGAGAACGCACGGGCUGCAGGCGGCGACGUUAUCAUGAAUGGCGUGGAGCCAGGCGGCGUAGCGGCGGGCAGCGCAUGGAGGUCGUCGCAUAUCGAUGGUUUCGGCGCAAAGGGAUGGGGUGAAAGUCCUGUGGACGAGCAAAAGAAUCUGCAUUGGCUUCCAGACCCCAACACGAGCGACUGGGAUACGCCCGUGCCAGAUAUUUCUGCAUGGCUGGGCACUACAGGUGAAGAAAUUCCCGGCUUGAUGGGCUCUGGGGCGAAGAGACAUCCUAGUGCCGCUGUACGAAUGUCGCUCGCCAACAGUGCGAACCAGCGAGAUGUGCCUCCAGAUGUAGCUGCUUUGCUUGCUAGUAUGCAGGCGGGGCCCAUGGGCUCACCGCCACGAGCACCGACAGAGCUUUCAGUCCAUCGCUCCUCUGCGGCCUAUUCCAGCAAUCCACUCCGUUCUGCUGGACCAACACGUGCAAACUCCGUCAGUGGUGGUCAUACAAGCACGUAUUCGGCUCUUCCAGCGUCUGCAAACCUUCAGCAAACACGUUUCUUCCAACGGCCGUCACAGCCCUUAUCCACUAUCCACUCUGAACGAUCUGUACAUACCCUCAUGAACACCCUUGCCGCAGAUGAGGCUGCCGCUGCCGCUGCCGCCGCGUCACAGGCUGGGUGGUCUCAUACUCACGAAGGGUUAGCUCCGCUACACGAGGAGAUGAGCUAUCUACCAGAAGGACACAUCAGCACCGAGAUUAUUGGAGGGGGUGGGCCAGGAAAUGCAGAGUAUAUCAGCUUUCAGCAAAGUGGUGGCGAAGCUUUGAUACCUGCUGACCUGGCAUUGUUCAAAUCCCCACGUCCUGCAAAAGAGAGGCUACGAUGGGAUCUAAAUUCCGACCAAGAUGAGAGUGUAAGCUCCCUCCUGAACUGGAUUGAUGUCAUGAGCGCGGAUCUUGCGACACUCGCUCUAUUUCAAUAUACAGAAACCAAGAGCCGUGGUGCUCUGAUCUCCAACGCUUCGUAUCGACCCGCUCACACCCCCGACGAACCGGCAUUUGAUUGGAUUACCUUCGAGCAGGCAAGGGGUACUCUAGACCCCACCUUUCAAGAAUCCAUUGCGAAAUACGAUCCAAACACCCAGUUCAUCGUCUAUGUCUUCUUACUAUCUCCUUCUGGAAACUCUUUGGCCAUUUGGCGACGCAAACUUCCCAUUCCCCCUGAAGUGACAGACGCGUUUGCCGACAAACUGGCCGAAACCAACGAGAUUGUCAGGCGAAAGCCAUGCAUUGUUGCUGUUGAAGAACUGCCACAUCGUGCUAAGACACCCAAGUCGACAGUCAAGAUGUCAUCAUCGAGACAAGCCGGUACUCAAUCCGCCACGGUCCCAACCUUCGCCGCCGCUGGCCAGUCCGUCCGGUCACGGACUACCAGCGUCCCAACACCAGCAAAGAAUACGAUUACUCGAUCCAGUUCGACAUUGAAAAAGGAUCCUCCUGAAAAGGAGAAGAAACGCAGUACAUGGUCGAAAAUCUUUGGGGGUCGGAAGUGA